GGCGAGUUUAGUCAAUUUAGUGAUCAACAAAAUAGUAUAAUACGAAUUGUAAUUUUUUAUUUCAAGUCUCUUUAAAUGUGUUGAAAAAGUUUUAAAAUAUAAGAAGAGUUUAAUUGUUAUAACUAUUCAAAAAAUUUCUGCAGUGCAAUUGAAAUAAAUUAAAAAUAGUCAGAAGCUUAAUAUAUUUUAAUCAUUUUAAGGUUAUAUGAAUUAACCUAAAAAUAUAUAAAAUUAUCAAAUAAACAUAUACUUUAUUUUUUAAUCUCUUUUUUGAAAAAUAUUAUCAAACAUGUCUUCUUGGAAAAAAGCAUCAAAAACUGGACAAAAGACACAUCGUGAGAGGCACCAACCUGAAUUGCGUAAACAUUUGGGUCUCUUAGAGAAGAAAAAAGAUUAUAUAGCAAGAGCUAAUAACUAUCAUGAAAAGCAAGAUAAAUUGAAACUCCUCAGAAAACGAGUUCUAAACAAAAAUCCUGAUGAAUUUUUCUUUCACAUGAUAAACUCAAGAAUUGAAAAUGGAAUUCAUAGAGAAAAAGAUAAACUUGAUGUACAUACACCGGAGCAAUUACUUCUAAUGGAAACUCAGGAUUUAAAAUAUGUUGCCUACAAAAGAAAUAUGGAAGCAAAAAAAAUUGAAAAACUGCAGGGUCAAUUACAUUUUCUUGAUGUUUCUAAUAAUACUAAAAAUAAACAUACGUUUUUUGUUGAUAAAGAAGAAAAAUUGAAACAUUUUGAUUUUGCCAAAAAAUUCGACACACAUCCCGCGUUAUUGAGUAGAAAAAUUAAUCGACCUAGAAUAAGUAACUUAGAAACAAUGAAACUACCAGAAAUUGAUGAAGAUACACUUUUGAAAAUUGAACAACAAAAGCAUAUGGCUUAUAAAGAAUUGGACAAAAGAAUUGAACGGGAAAGACAACUUUCCAUUGUUCAACAGAAAUUGGAAAUGCAAAGAGCUUUAAAGGACAAAAAGGUUAUGCAACCCAAACAAGUUCGUCCUGGCACAAAAGAGGCACCUCCAAUUUAUAAAUGGAAAUUUGAAAGAAAGCGAUAAUUGUAUACAACAUUUGUAAAAAAUUUCAGUUUCAUUAGUAAAUUAUAUUUAUAAUAAACACUUUUUUAUCAUUA